GUUCUGAAGAUGGCAUAGUGACAGAGACACCUUCCAAUGCCUGGGAGCAUCUUUACCCGCGAGGGCCACCUCGGGCCAGUGGCUACGCAUUGAGCUGAAGGAACUUGUCUACUACAUUCCUGAAAACCUCUUUCUCUCCUAAUUCAUGAGCCAGCAGGAUGCGGUCGCUGCGCUUUCAGAACGCCUUCUCAUAGCUGCGUACAAAGGCCAAGCAGAGAAUGUGGUUCAGCUCAUCAACAAGGGCGCCAAGGUAGCAGUUACCAAGCAUGGCCGGACCCCCCUGCAUCUUGCUGCCAAUAAGGGCCAUCUGUCUGUCGUUCAUAUCUUGCUAAAGGCUGGCUGUGACCUCGAUAUACAGGAUGAUGGGGACCAGACGGCCCUGCACCGGGCCACGGUGGUGGGGAACACCGAGAUCAUCGCUGCGCUCAUCCAGGAGGGAUGUGCUCUGGACAGACAGGACAAGGAUGGGAAUACGGCCCUGCAUGAAGCGUCCUGGCACGGGUUCAGCCAGUCAACCAAGCUGCUUGUUAAGGCCGGAGCCAACGUGCUUGCCAGGAACAAGGCGGGGAACACAGCGCUGCACCUGGCCUGCCAGAACAGCCACGCCCAGAGCGCACGCGUGCUCCUGCUGGGCGGCUCCCGCGCCGACCUCAAAAAUAACGCAGGCGACACCUGUUUGCACGUUGCUGCACGCUAUAAUCACUUGUCCAUCAUUAAGCUCCUCCUCAGUGCUUUCUGUUCUGUCCAUGAAAAGAACCAGGCUGGAGACACAGCCCUUCAUAUUGCUGCUGCCCUAAAUCACAAAAAGGUGGUGAAAAUCUUAUUGGAAGCUGGAGCAGAUGGGACUAUUGUUAAUAACGCAGGCCAGACUCCUCUGGAGACAGCACGCUACCACAACAAUCCAGAAGUUGCUCUUCUCCUCACGAAAGCUCCCCAGGUUUUGCGUUUCAGUCGUGGGCGAAGCCUGAGGAAAAAGAGAGAGAGGCUCAAGGAAGAGAGGAGAGCCCAGUCUGUGCCAAGAGAUGAGGUGGCACAAAGCAAGGGUAGUGUCUCAGCAGGAGACACCCGCAGCAGUGAACAGGCUGCACUCAGAAAAGAAGAGGCCAGGGAGGAUUUUCUGCCGGCCUCCCCAGAGCCCAGGGCAAAGGACAACAGGAGGAGAAAAUCAAGACCCAAGGUGUCUGCCUUUUCAGACCCCACUCCGUCAGCAGAUCAGCAGCCUGGGCAGCAGAAGAAUGUGCACACUCAUAACCACCCGAAGAAGAGGAGCAGGCAUCGGUGUUCAUCACCACCUCCACCCCAUGAGUUCAGAGCGUACCAGCUUUACACGCUGUACCGGGGCAAGGACGGCAAAGUGAUGCAGGCACCAAUAAAUGGUUGUCGAUGUGAACCUCUCAUCAACAAGCUAGAGAACCAGUUGGAGGCGACGGUGGAGGAGAUAAAAGCUGAGCUGGGAUCUGUUCAGGAUAAAGUGAAUAUAAAGCUGGGACACAUGGAGACCAAGACACAGCAUCAA